AUGGAUAUAGCUGAUAGUCUAUUUAUGAAUGGCAGUAAUAUUACUCCUCCCUGUGAACUUGGACUUGAAAAUGAGACAUUUUUCUGCUUGGAUCCACCUUAUCCUUCCAAAGUGAAUUGGCAGCCAGCGGUUCAGAUUCUCUUAUAUUCCCUGAUAUUCCUGCUUAGUAUCCUGGGGAACACCCUGGUAAUCACCGUGCUGAUCCGAAACAAGAGGAUGAGGACAGUCACUAACAUAUUUUUGCUCUCCCUGGCCGUCAGCGAUCUCAUGCUCUGUCUCUUCUGUAUGCCAUUCAAUCUCAUUCCUCACCUGCUCAAGGAUUUUAUUUUUGGGAAUGCUGUCUGCAAGACCACCUCUUAUUUCAUGGGCAUCUCCGUCAGUGUAUCCACUUUUAAUCUCGUUGCCAUAUCGCUAGAGAGAUACAGUGCAAUUUGCAAGCCCCUGCAGUCAAGGGUCUGGCAGACGAAGUCCCAUGCGUUGAAGGUGAUUACUGCUACUUGGUGUCUCUCCUUUACUAUCAUGUCGCCAUAUCCGAUUUACAGCAACUUGGUUCCCUUUACCAAAUAUAACAACCAGACAGCUAAUAUGUGUCGCUUUCUGUUGCCAAGUGAUGUUAUGCAACAGUCCUGGCACACAUUCCUGCUUCUCAUCCUCUUUCUUAUUCCUGGAAUUGUGAUGAUGGUAGCAUAUGGAUUAAUCUCUUUGGAACUAUACCGAGGAAUAAAGUUUGAUGCCAGCCAGAGAAAAUCUUCUAGAGAAAGGAAAUCCAGCACGGGCAGCAGCAGCAGAUAUGAGGAUGGUGACGGCUGCUACCUGCAGAAAUCCAAGAAGAGGAAGAAGCUGGAGCUGCAACAGCUGUCCAGCAGCAGCAGCAGCAGCGUCAAGACCGACCGAGCCCGGAGCAGUAACUCAGCUGCCAACCUGAUGGCCAAGAAGCGAGUGAUCCGAAUGCUGAUUGUCAUUGUGAUCUUGUUCUUCCUCUGCUGGAUGCCCAUCUACAGUGCCAAUGCCUGGAAGGCCUACGACACAGCCUCUGCUGAGCUGCUCCUCUCCGGAGCUCCCAUUUCCUUCAUCCUCCUGCUCUCCUACACCUCUGCCUGUGUGAACCCCAUCAUCUAUUGCUUCAUGAACAAACGCUUCCGCUUGGGCUUCCUGUCUACCUUCUCCUGUCACUCUCAUCCAAACCCUCCAGGAGUGAGAGGAGAAGUAGGUGACGAGGAAGAUGGAAGGACCACGGGGGCAUCUCUGACCAGGUAUUCAUACAGCCACAUGAGCGUCUCUGUCCCUCCCACAUGA